AUGCUGAAUGAUGAUUCCACAUCUGCGUUACCAACUGCUCGUUUUACUACUUCUCGUUCUGUUUUUCAUGAGGAUGAUUAUACGCAUCCAUGUCAUCCUUUUUAUGUGCACCCGUCUGAUAUUUUAGGGUCUUCCUUUGUUUCUGUUCCUCUUUAUGGUACUGGGUAUGGGAGUUGGAGACGAACCAUCCUUGUGGCCUUGUCUAUUAGAAAUAAACUGGAUUUCAUUAAUGGAUCUUCAGUUAAGCCUCCUGACAGUUCUCCUUUGGCGAGACAGUGUGUUGAGUACUCUAAACUUGCCAAAGAUAUUUGGAGUAAGUUGGAGGAAAGAUAUGGUCAAGCAGAUGCUGCAAGGGUAUUUGAGCUUAAGAAAGAACUUGCUCACAUCUCACAAGGAUCACUUGAUAUUGCUUCAUAUUUCAACAAAAUCAAGCAAUUGUGGGAUGAAAUUGAUGCCUUGUCAAUCAGUAGAGUCAGGUCCUGUAGCAAUUGUGGUUUCAAAUCUGAUUAUCAGAAAGAUGAUGAUGUUCAAAAGGUGUAA